UAUUAUAAUUAUAGAAGAGCAUCGUGUUCUAGGCAGCCACCUGAUUCAUCAAAUCGCGAUACUCCUGCACAACAUGACCAGGAAAUGAUUGAUCCAUCAAAUCGCGAAACUUCUGAACAACAUGACCAGGCAAUGAUUGAUCCACCAAUUCAUGAGAUUUCCGCACAUGAUCAAGAAAUUCAAGAAAUGAUUGCUGCAUCAGAGAUUCCAAUGAUAUGUGAUAAUGAACAAAUGGAUUCGGAAAAUCAAGAUUAUUCAAAUUCUGUUUAUGAUGACCCCGAAGAAUUGGAAACGAUUCAGGAGAUAUUCAAAGAAUCUUUUGAUUUUAUAGCUGAUUCAAAUUCUUGUUCAUAUUAUUCUAGUAACAUAGCAAUACUACCCGACGACGAAAAAAAGUUCAUUGAUAAAUUCCUGGCCGAACUCAUCCAAGUGAAAGUAAAUAAAUCUAUACCUGAUAAACAUGUUGUUGAAAUCGGGAAUGUAAUCGCAAAAUAUUUUAUAAAAGAGAGAAAAAAAGAACAUGUUCCAAAUAUAAUGGCAAAAUAUUGCGGUAGCAGUUAUUUACAAAAGCAAUUUGUGGCAGAACAAAAAAUCCAUACAAAACCCGUUACUAUCAAUAUGCCCAAUUUACGCAUUCAAUAUUUUCCGAUUAAAAAUAUUUUAAGAAGCAUAAUUGCUCAAUAUCCUUGGUUAAUUGAAUCGAUUCAAAAAGAGAAAGAAAGAAAAUUUGUUCCCGAACAAGACCGUGUCCAUUUCCGAAUCAAGAAUGAACUAGAUACAACAGACAAAGAUAUGUUUGAUAGACUCGUAGGAAAACUUCGAGUUAAAGUUUCUUUCGACGAUUUCUCAUUUAUGGGAAAAAACGGAAGAAAAUUUUUUGUGGGUUAUAUGUCAUGUUCAAAUUUGCCGUUCCAUGAUCGGACAAAAAGAAACAAAAUUUACAUGUUUCUGAUGGUCCAGCGACCAAAUCCUGAUUUACCUGUUGCAAAUUUCAUCGAGCAAUUUGGUCAUUACUACAAUUAUAGAGAGCCAAAACCAUGCUCACUAUUAAAAUUGAAUGGAAUCACACGCCAUAAUAUAAUGCCUCCAGACCUGUUUCAUGUUAAAAAUAUUGUUAAAUAACGAUAUCUAUGAAUUAUUAUAUUGGCAUUGUAUGAUUUUGCCUUAGCUAAAAAUACAAGUGUUUCGAACUUUGAUUUGGUGUAAAAAUUUAUAAUUAAUUUCAUGAUUUAUUAAUAAAAACCAUUUAUUCAAAACGUAAUUUUGUUAUUAUCGUUCAUCCUCAACAUUUCACGAUCUGUUGGAUAAGUUUCAAGACGACUUUAUGUUUAUAUUGUCAUCAUAUUCGUCGUCUGGUUUUCCGUCUUCGUAUUCAUCUUUGUUUUAUAGUUAUAAUUUCCAUCGUCGUUGUUUCCGUUUUAUUCGUCUUAGCGUUUAUUGUCGUUUUGUCAUAAAUUCACUUGU